GAAUACAUGAGAUCGCACAGGUUCCAGGUCGUUCAGUCGCUGCGAGCUGAGGAUGUGGAAGGUUGUUGUUGUCGUGGCCGUUCUUGGAUGGGUAACGUGUUCUUUCGCGGUCACCCCCCACAUUCUCCCCCCUCUGAUCGAAACAGGUCCAGAGGCGGCGGUGAUUAUUGUUCCUGGGGCAUAUCUGAAGGGAGAAGCCUAUAUACCAUUAGGUACUCAGAUCCAACUGUCGGCAGCCCUGAGACUCUGGGUCGUCGUUCUCGGGGAGUUCCUCGAUGACCUUCCAAAUCCAGUAGAGCUGCCCAAGGGCAUAGCAAACGCGACUGCGCAGCUCCGGAAGCGCGGGAUGACCUCUGAUAACAUUUUCCUGGCUGGUCACAGUUUAGGAGGGGUCUUUGUUGGCGAGUAUGGAAAUUCCCACGCACAUGAGUUAAAGGGGAUCCUGCUGUUUGCGUCGUACAUCACCAAGGGGAAUGCUCUGUCGCAGUACCCUCUUCCUGUUCUCACUAUCUCCGGCGACCUGGACGGUAUGACCCGCAUCACCAGGAUCGCCGACACCUUCCAGGAGCUGAAAGGCGACGUCGCUCACAACGUCAGCGCCAUGUACCGCACUCCCGUCGUCGUCAUGCCUGGAAUAAACCACGGCCAGUUUGCGUCUGGUACAAUGCCUCCAAGCGUCCUCGAGAAGGACCUUGACCCGGAAGUGAACCUGACGACUGCGCACAAGGCAAUAGCUCGGCACUGCAACGACUUCAUGGUUGUUACUCUGCAGCAGCCUACAAGUCACGUGACAACUGCACAGGCGGCCUUGACCCAGGCGUAUAGGAACACCAGCAGCAUCAUGGAGCCUCUGCUUCAAAUGAAGACGCUGGACGAGAAUAAGCACUUGGUGUCCGGAUGGAGCGUCCAGGCACAGAAAAUCCUUGCUGGCAACGUGGGCACAACACUCAAGGUGGUCAACACCGUGUAUGACUCGGUGGACUUCGGUUCUUCGAAACCAAAGAUCAACAAGACGGGACAAGAUGAAGAAGUUGUCGACACCUACACCCACGUUGACCUUCCCUCCAACCCCCUGGACAUCUCCACCAACCUUGACUCUCCUCUACAACUCGAGGUUAAGAUGAAAUCACGUGACGCAAUUGUUCAAGCAACGACCUCUGGUGCCAGCACUGUUACAGACUCAGCCGGAAGUUGCAGGGAAAUUAACGAGGCCGCGACGAAACUGGCUGUUACUUCCUCCUCCCUCCGGGCACAGUAUCGGUAUCGCACUCGAGCUGUACGGCCGCUGGUCUUCAAGAACGACACCAAUCUCAAGACCGGACUAGAGUGGUUACCAUGGAAACUUCAGUUUACAGAAACGGAGCAUGCGCUUGAGGUGACAUCCGCUUCCUUGAUAACGCCUGUGGAUUUCGUGAUUUCGUCCUUGGCCGGGAUGUUCUAUUGCAAACUGUUGUCGCCAUAUCGCGCCAUGGAGUGGAUAUACGUCGACUCGCUCAGGAACCACACCCUGUGAUGUCGCUGUUGUCCUGUGAUGUGGCUGUUGUUCUGUGAUGUCGAUGUAGUUGACUAGAGACACAUCCCGCUUGUGUUCGGACAUGUCUCCAGCCACCGCCGAGUAGUCGAUUGAAAAACUGAAACAUGUACACCUGAGCCGUCUCAAUACAAUACAAUAUAUUG